AUGUCCCAGGGUAUUCCACCUCCUCCCUCUCCUCCUCCACACAACCGGCCGUUGAACCACAUCGGCGUCGCGGUGCCAGACUGUGAGGCGGCGGUGGCGUGGUACACUGCGGUGAUGGGGUUUCGGCAGCUGGGGACGACGAUCCGCACCAUCGACCGGUCCAAGACGCCCGACUCGGUCAUCUUCCAGAUCUACGACUCGCGGCUGCAGGUGGUCAAGCUGGCGAUGCUGACGACGGCCAACAGCGUCGGGUUUGAGCUGUUCGAGUUUGUCGAGCCCAAAAUGUCCCAGCCCGCCGCCUUCGACUACACGCGCGGCGGCGUCUUCCACGUCUGCAUCACCGACCCGGAUCCCGACCGCUUGGCCGAGAGGGUGGUGGCCGCCGGAGGCAGGAAGUUCGGCGCCACCGUCGGCCUGUAUGGCUCGCAGGACAAGGCUCUCUAUGUCCAAGACCCCUGGGGCAACGUGCUCGAGGUCAUGAGUUGCAACUUCGAGCACGCCAUGGCCAAUCGCCCAGAGCUAUAA